UUGUCAGGAUGCCCACACCGACCUCGGCUUCGUCUGGGCCUUGUGUGUGUGUGCAGGCAUGGGUGCUUCAGUCAGAGGCUAUGGGCGUGGGCGUGGGCGUGCGAGGGAGAGAGAGAGAGAGAGAGACGCAAAAACAAACACACACACACACACACACACACACACAUACACACACGCAGAGAUCCCCGUAUGUUAAGUGCGCGCGCGCGUGUGUGUAUGUAUGUAUGUACGUGUGUGUGUGUGUGUGCGUGUGUGUGUGUGUGUUAGUGUGGCGGUAGCGUGAUGUAAGGAGAGCCGCACGCCCCCACCCACGCUACCCACGCCCGCGUCAGGCCACCCACACACCCAACAACACUACCUGAGGCCUGACACCGCGCCUGUACGCCCUCACGCCCAUGCAAAGCAACAUGGCGGCGUCACAGGCUACAGGAGACAAGGCGUGCUGUCAUCUCCUUCAGAGGGCGUGCGUGCGUGUGUGUGUGCGUGUGUGCGUGCGUGUGAGUGCGUGUACCGUCAAUUAUGGGAGGGAGGGACGUGAUAUGAUGUACCUGAGGGCGGCAGGGCACGCCUCCACGCCCGCACGCCCGCUGUAAACCCGCCCAGUUAAUCUCACGCCCUUAAGAUAACCCCAGGAACUACCCCACGCUUUGUGACGCCCCCACGCCCGCAGUGACGCCCACAGUGAACGAACCCACACGUCUGUACACCCACAGGAACACCUCAACACGCCCACUACGCCCCACAAACACAUCCGAACUUCGCUGAAAAUAUACACACCAACAGAUUCUACCCCCUCGCUGCUCCUGUCCACGCCCACAACGCCCACCAGGAUGUCAGGGCGUCGAAUGUGGAGUUUAGGAGCGAAGAGACUCAGUAUGGAUGGGAUGAGAGUGAGGUAUUCAAACUGCAGACGUACACAAGCCAGUGACGACUUUGAAGACAUUGCUGUUGUGACCAAUGCGGAUCCGGGCCAGGUCAAGUACGGUUCCGGCACCAUUACAGCCAACGGUCCACGGGUCAUUCCAGGAAUCAUCAGAACACAGAGGAGCGUGUCAGGAGGGCGGCUUAACGCUGGGUCGCCUUUGUACCUGGAGAAACCCCCGGCACCGUUGAAGGGCAAGUCUUUAUCGAGGCAGUCUUUAAUUGACGUGUUCUCUUCUCGUAUCAGCAUUGGCAGCCGGAAAAGAUUCUCUCGUGACUCCUUCAGUGCCUCCUACGUGAACCGGACGCAGGUUGCCAGUGAGUUGGAUAUCAGCAGAAAGACGAGAGAGGCCAGACGAAGGAAACUGCGGAGCCAUUUUAAGCUGGAGAAGUGGGAAAGCAGUACAAGUAGUUCUGAUAGGAGGCCUGGUUGUAGAUGGACCUUCGUGUUCGAUCCUGCUGGGCGGUUGUGCUACUACUGGUCAUUAAUCGUGUCUCUGGCCUUCCUGUACAAUCUGUGGGUGAUGGUGUACCGCUUUGGGUUCCAAGAAAUUACCUGGGACACGAUCCUUGUGUGGUUCGCGUUAGAUUAUUUUGCGGACUUAAUAUACGUGAUUGACAUUCUCUUCCACUUCCGCACUGGUUACCUGGAAGAUGGCGUGCUCCAGACGGACUUCAGAAAGCUCAGGCAACAUUACAUGAACUCCACCACCUUUUAUGUGGAUUGCCUUUGCCUGUUGCCUCUAGACAUCCUGUACUUAUCAAUAGGCUUUAAGUCAAUCUUGAGGUGUUUCCGCCUUGUGAAAAUCUAUAAAUUCUGGCAUUUUUUAGACCGCACAGAGAGGCACACCAAUUCCCCAAACCUGUUCCGCUCAGUGUCCCUCAUCCACUAUCUUUUCGUCAUUUUUCACUGGAAUGCGUGUAUUUUUCAUAUCAUUGCGCGACACGAUGGAUUCACGUAUAGACCCCACUUUCUAAACCAUAGCAAUGAGACUGAUGGCGUUGUGCUGGAGUACCUAAGGGUGUUCUACUGGUGCACCUUGUCCCUUACUACCAUUGGGGGUUCACCUAUUCACGACUCGACAGCCAAGGACGCCAGGGCAGGGAUCCACGCUGCUGCCACCAAUUACAGCGGGACCCAGGAUACCCCCACGGAGGUUUUAAACGCCAGGACUAAAACUGACUACCUAUACCACAUUGCCCAGCUGAUGUUUGGGCUCCUCCUGUUUGCCACCGUCUUAGGGCACAUUGCAAAUAUUGUUACGAACGUGUCAGCUGCCAGGAAGGAGUUUCAAGCCAAACUGGACGGCGUGAAGACGUACAUGAGGAUGCGACGAGUGCCCGCUCACCUACAAGCAAAAGUUAUAAAAUGGUUCGACUACUUAUGGCUGACUCAAAAAUGCUCGGAUGAAGAAAAGGCCGUCAGCUGCUUACCAGACAAACUGAAGGCAGAAAUGGCGAUUCAUGUCCACUUAGACACACUGAAAAGGGUGGAAAUCUUUCAAAACACUGAGGCCGGAUUUCUGUGCGAGUUGGUGUUGCAUCUACGCCCCGUUCUCUUCUCUCCGGGUGAUUACAUAUGCAGGAAAGGUGAGGUGGGCAAGGAGAUGUACAUUGUCAACAGAGGGCGCCUUCAAGUGGUGGCUGACAAUGGGAAGACGAUGCUGGCCACCUUGAAAGCAGGAUCAUAUUUUGGAGAGAUUUCGAUCCUUAAUAUGGGAACUGCAGGUAACCGCCGCACCGCCUCUGUCAGGUCAGUGGGGUACAGCGACCUCUUCGUCCUGUCCAAGAAGGAUAUGUGGGAUGUACUUAAGGAGUAUCCCGCCGCUAGAGUGAGACUAGAAGCCAUUGCCGCGAAACGAUUGGAAAAAUACAGGAAGGCACCGCUUGAGAAAGCCGCCCUGGGCCGCUCCUCCUCCACCCCGGGGCUUGUGGAGUCCUCAGGGCGAGUCCCAUUAGAAGAAAUGUGGCUACCCCCUCUCCGGCUCCCCCCUCCCAGCGGAGCCCCCAGCCCAAGGACACAGGCGCAGAGGUCCCAGACACUGGAAUCUGAGAGGUUGACGAUGGAAAGUGCCCUCAGUGGGUUGUCCUCACGUCACUCCCCUGACGAGGACCCCCCCGCACCCCCACUCUCCCCCCCACCCCUGCCCCAGCUCCCCCACGCCUCCCAGCACCUCCUUCACCUCCACAGGCCCUUCGAUGCGACGCCAGGACACACACACGCCCUAGGCACCACCACCAUCACCACCACGGAGGAAGGAGAGAGGGAGAGGUGGACGGCCCUCUCCUCCACCCCUACCACCACCACCACCACCUUCACUCUACCGGUCCCCCCUCCCCUGCUUCCGACCAACCCGUGCCCAACGUGACACGCAGUGAGGGUACAUUACAAGCGUCACACAGCGCGGGGACGUUACCCAGAGAAUCAUCGCCCCAGGAGCUUCUGCUAGGGGAGAUACGGAGACUACGGGAGCGUUUGGUGAGUCUGGAAGCUGAGAAUGCUUCCAUGACACUUCGGUUAA